AUGUCUCUUCACGACAAGCUCUUCGCCGAUGUCUGUCGAAUAGUCGAUGAAAGCUACGUCUCGUUGUUCUUUCUUUUGACCGGCCAGAGGGGGGGUGGCAAGUCUUUCGUUUUACGAUCGCUUUUCACAAGCCUUAUUGAUACCCGCGCGGCUUCUGAAGUAGACACGCUAUCAAAUUUAUUAGUCCACAAUAGCUCCGAUAGUGAGGACAAGAAUGCAUUUCGCGUUUGUAGGGUUGAUUAUAACAUGCUCCUGUCAUGGUCAAGGCAGCUUAAGGCGGAACAGGACCUCAAAUUUUUGUCCUUCCCACCACUCACCGUGUUGAUAGUCGAUGAUGUGCACGCGCUUUUCGAGCUAUGCUCUCUCAAUAGGGUGUCACGCUUUAUGGAAAAGUUGCUUCUCUGUGCUUUGCACAGUUCUGGUUGUGCGCUUGUGGCAUCCGCACUGAGUGAGAAUGAUGUGCCCUCGUGCCUUUUGCAAUGUCGCCGUCCUAUAAUCUACUCGAUUUCCUCCAAUCUCCAUUACCCUGGGAAAUCUUUCCCUUUCGAGGCCGAUGCUAACUUUCCUCAAUUAAAGUGCAUCGCACCCGAGGCAGUGUUGGAUAUGUCCUUUCGCGAUACCCUCAUUGCUUUGUGCAUGACGAAGCUCGCGUUCCAGAGCCACGGAGACGGAGCUUCUGCUCUCGACGAUGAACCGUCUGCGAUGAUUCGGCGACAUUUGAAGUGGUUGAGUGGUUCAUUAGGCGAUCAGAAAUCAGCACGAGUGGAUAAUCUAUAUGGUCUUGAACAUAUCUGGACGCGUUUAUCAAUUCUGAUUUCUGUUUUUGCUUCCUUAAAGGAACCUGGAAUUUCCGGAAAGCUUCUUGCGUCUCUUCCAACAACAACGGGUAUUCUGCUGCAUGGACCUUCUGGUUGUGGUAAAAGUGCACUUGUGCGCCACAUCGCCGCUGCUUUUCCCUCUGUUGCUUUCCAUUUUGUUGAGUGCACGAAGUUGUUUUCAAAGUAUCUCGGAGAGAGCGAAGAAAAACUUCGUGAAGUAUACUGCAAGGCACGCUUGCGGACACCCUCGGUGGUGGUGCUUGAUAACUUGGAUGUUAUUGCACAGUCUCGCGGAGCUAUGCAAGGCUCAGACACUUCUGGUGGUGGGAGCGGUGUGGAUGUUAAUCGUCGCAUGUUGGCUUGUUUGCUGUGUGAGCUAGACGGCGUUACAAGCAACUCUGGUGUUUUGACCAUCGGCACUACCAACGCCCCUCAUGUCAUGGAUAAGGCGUUGCUGAGGCGAGGGAGGCUGGAGUCCGUUAUCUUGGUGCCGCCACUCACGUUACAGGCAGCGCAGGGCAUGUGCCACCGUUUUUUCGAUAGCUUCGAGAUGGAACCCACUGAGCGCAGCGCCUGCAUUGAAGCGGUUGCUAAAGCGUCGGAGGGUUGUUCGCCAGUUGCCUUGCGCUUUGUCCUGAGAAAAUUGCUUGAAAAGCUUCUUCCUCAUAUUUCAGCGUCUAGAAAGAGCUUAGUACUUUCAGUGCAAAUGAGUGUGGAGGACAUUUUGUUUGAAAAUGCUUCUCUAUUGGCACCUAUAGACUACCCCUUUGUCCAAUUUUGA